UUACGGAUCCCAAUAGUCACCUCUAUCCUGCCGCUUUCCCCCCUCUCGGCCCGUCCGCUGCCCAUCCUCCACUCUCCAUCGCUUGGUGGCUUGCCCGAAAACAGCCACACCACCACCCACAGUCCUGACCUACCUAUCCGGCCGAGGUACUCAUACUGUAUGGUACCUCACUUUCCAGUCCAAGCCAGGCCAGCCAGACCACCUAACCUAGGUAGCUUGCCUUUCGCCAGCAUACGCCAGCAUACGCCAGGAUUACCUCCGCCUCCCUGCAACCAAACGCACGCCGCCGGUUCUGACCUCGCAUCCUUUUGUUUCUUUCUCCCGGCCUCUCUCUCGUUUUCCCUGCUUUUAGUUCCCCUUCCCCCAUCCUGGAUAGUGUCGUCACUGUUCUGGCUGGAGUCGACUCCUGCCCCAGCGUAGGCAUCUGGACCUCCCACUGACCCCUCGAGCCACCACUCGCCAACCUUCCCCACGACUCUCAACCUCUGGAUGCCUCACGA